GCUGGGAGUGUUUUGCCAGGAUGGAUCCUGAAGAGUGCUUGGGUAAAGCACUCAAUUAGGAUUAUCGUGGAUGAGGUUGUGAGUUGGGAGAGUCAAUUACGAUACAUUGCUGAGGUGAUUUUUUUUGCCAUCGGAGGAAUUGAGAAGAAAGAAAUCUUAGCGAUACAAGAAUACCUGAGAAGAGGCAUUUAUGAUGUCACCUUUGAUGGAGAAGGGAUUUAUCUGUGUUUCUUGAGUAAUUGGAGAGAAACCUUCCAAGAUGAAUGGCUUCAGGGGUUCAGGAUUGUGUCUCACUUUCCAGAGGAGGAAAUAACCCUGGUGAUUAAAUCUUACUCACUGUUUGUUCCUCUGAAAGAAGUUGAAUUUGUCCUACGGAAUUAUUGCAAAAAAGUGAGUUUUGUUGGAAAAGUCUUUAAUGAAAUUGGUGUUUGGGCAUCAAAAUAUAAGUUUAAAGUUACUUUUAAGGAAGAUACUUUUCUGCCAGCAGGAUUCCGUCUUGGAAAUGCAAACCUGGAUAUUUUCUUUCCAGGAAUGCCAGAAUUUUGCAGAAAAUGCAGACUGUAUGGGCAUGGAGCAGAAACCUGUAAAACGUGUUCUAAUUGUGGCUGUUUUGGCCAUGGAUUUAAGGGUUGUACUGAGCCAAAAAAAUGCAAUCUUUGUUUACAGGUAGGACAUCUGUAUGCGAAAUGUCCCCAGAGAAAAGGAAGAAAAGAAAGUAUUGUAGAAGAAAAACCUGUUCCUGUUAAGGAGGACUUUGCCGAACUGCAGUUAGCUAGUUCUUUUGAGGAGAUUUUAGCAGGUGAAUUAAGGUGUGGUGCAGAUCCUGUUUGGGGGAUGGGUGAGAUUGAAGGGUCAGCUGUUACAAAAAAGAGAGGUAAAAUAAAAAAUGAUCCUGACAUUGCUGUGGAGAAAAAGAGUCGGUCUGUAAGUCAAGUAAGACCUCCCUCAAGGGGAGAGGUGCUCUACGAUUUCUGGAAGGAGAAAUCUGACUUAGAAAUCAGGACAUUUUUUGAGAGCUGGACAGAAGAAGAAGAAAAAAAGAUCUUUUAGAAAAAGGGUGGAUUUAGAGCGAAUCUCAGAAAAAGAAAAUUUUGGAUUUUAUGAGAAAAUGGAAAUAAAAAUGUUUUUAAUUUAAAAAAA